AAUUAAAUUUGAUAGACCUAACACAAAUUAAACAAUGAUUAUUUCUGUUAAUUAAAAAAUAUAUAAGUGAGCACAAUCCCCCGAUGAUGCAUGAAGAAGCUCUGAAUCUAAAACUCCUCUCUUCCGACCCCAAACCCAGAAAUUGAAGCGAAGAAUAGAAUCUCCCACUAGAGGAAAGCAAUCCCAGAAACCCUAAGUUCUUCAUCGUUUCGUUCUUUUGCUUGUUGAUCAAGCAGGAAAUCUCCGAGAUUUGUGAGUCUCUUUCUGGACGUUGCUACUUCUUCCUGGAGAACGAUUCAGGGUUUGAUGAGAUAGGAAUAGUUCUCGAGGAAGAUAGAUUCGGUAGAGAAUUUUUGAUUGUAUAUUCAUGAAACAAAUUCGUCGAUGGCAGAGGAUUUUGAUCCUCUCUCUGCUAUCGAUAUCUGUCUUCGCUCCGCUUAUUUUCGUCUCGAAUCGGCUUAAGAGCAUCACUCCCGUUGGUCGUAGAGAAUUCAUUGAAGAGUUAUCCAAAAGUAGAUUCAGGACAAAUGACCUUAGACUUAGCGCUAUUGAACAUGAGGAUGGAGAAGGCUUGAAGGGGCCAAGGCUCAUGCUCUUCAAGGAUGGGGACUUUAAUUCUCUAGUACGGGAUAAUUCGUCUGAUCAAAGUGAUGGUGGUAAUAAUCACAAAAACAAGGAAGAACAAGUGAUAGUUUCACAGAAGAUGACAGUUAGCUCUGAUGAAAAGGGUCAAAUUUUACCAACAGUCAACCAACUUACUAAUAAAACGGAUUUCAAGCCCCCUUUAUCUAAGGGUGAAAAGAACACAAGGGUUCAGCCCAAUAGAGCAACAGAUGUGAAAAUAAAGGAGAUCAGAGACAAAAUUAUUCAAGCUAAAGCCUACCUGAAUUUCGCUCCACCUGGAAGUAACUCUCAAAUUGUGAGGGAGUUGAGAGGUCGGACGAAAGAGCUGGAACGGUCUGUUGGGGAUGCAACAAAGGAUAAGGACUUAUCAAAGGGCGCUCUUCGCAGGGUGAAGCCCAUGGAAAAUUUGUUAUACAAGGCUAGUCGUGUCUUUAACAAUUGCCCUGCCAUUGCUACCAAACUCCGUGCCAUGAAUUAUAACACAGAAGAACAAGUUCAGGCGCAGAAAAAUCAAGCAGCAUAUCUAAUGCAGCUUGCAGCAAGGACCACCCCAAAAGGGCUUCACUGUCUCUCAAUGCGGCUGACAUCAGAAUACUUUUCACUGGAUCCUGAAAAAAGGCAGAUGCCUAACCAGCAAAAUUAUUAUGACCCUAAUUUCAACCAUUAUGUUGUCUUCUCUGACAAUGUUUUGGCUUCUUCAGUCGUUGUUAACUCUACGAUAUCUUCUUCAAAGGAGCCGGAAAGAAUAGUCUUCCAUGUCGUGACUGAUUCACUUAAUUACCCAGCAAUCUCAAUGUGGUUUCUGCUAAAUAUUCAAAGUAGGGCUACCAUCCAAAUCCUCAACAUUGAUGAUAUGGAUGUCCUACCUCCAGAUUAUGAUCAAUUGCUGAUGAAGCAAAACUCUAAUGACCCAAGAUUCAUUUCUCCCCUCAAUCACGCACGCUUCUAUCUGCCGGAUAUAUUCCCGGGUUUGAAGAAGAUCGUACUCUUUGACCAUGAUGUAGUAGUUCAAAGAGAUUUAAGUAGACUGUGGAGUAUUGAUAUGAAAGGAAAGGUGGUUGGAGCUGUAGAGACUUGUCUUGAAGGUGAAUCUUCAUUUCGAUCAAUGAGCACAUUUAUUAAUUUCUCAGACACAUGGGUCGCUGGGAAAUUUAGUCCUAGAGCUUGCACAUGGGCGUUCGGGAUGAAUCUAAUUGAUCUCGAAGAAUGGAGAAUACGGAAGUUGACUUCUACAUACAUAAAAUACUUCAACCUGGGAACAAAGAGACCAUUGUGGAAAGCUGGGAGCUUACCAAUAGGUUGGUUGACUUUCUAUAGGCAAACAUUAGCAUUGGACAAGAGAUGGCAUGUGAUGGGGUUAGGUCGCGAAUCAGGAGUCAAAGCGGUUGAUAUCGAACAAGCGGCGGUUAUACACUACGAUGGAGUUAUGAAGCCGUGGUUGGACAUUGGAAAAGAGAAUUACAAACGUUACUGGAACACACACAAAAUGUUUUAUCUUAGCGAGCUUGAACACUCGCUAAGAGUGCCUCCGCAUCUACUUAACCUCCCUCUCGAAGAUGCGAUUAAGUCAGUGCUUCAAAAUGUGUUCUUGGACAAGGUUUUAGCUGAUUUGGGGCUUUGCGUAUCUGUUUACGACAUUAAAUCAAUAGAAGGAGGGUUUGUCUUACCCGGUGAUGGUGCUGCGACAUAUAAGGUAGGUUUUAGAAUUGUUGUGUUCCGUCCAUUUGUUGGUGAGGUCAUAGCUGCAAAGUUCAAAGAAUCUGACGCCAAUGGCUUGCGCUUAACACUUGGAUUUUUUGACGAUAUUUAUGUGCCUGCUCCACUUAUGCCGAAACCCAACCGCUGUGAGCCUGACCCUUAUAAUAGGAAGCAAAUGAUAUGGGUGUGGGAAUAUGGAAAACCGUUAGAAGACUACAUAAUCGACGAUUCCUGUCAGAUCAAGUUUCGAGUAGAGAGCAUCAGCUAUCCAUCAGUUCCAACUGAGCGAGCAGAGGACGCAAAGCCUUUUGCUCCAAUGGUGGUCACUGGGAAUAUGGAUGAGGAUGGUUUGGGUCCUGUUUCUUGGUGGGAUUCUUAUGAACGGAUUGAUCAAGAAGAGUGAGAGACUGAGACUUAGUCUACCCAUACUCGGAUAGAAUCAUAACCGAUGAUGAUCAAGCCAGU